GAGGAAAAUCACGUCAGUUACUUCUUACACUGGACCCAUAAAGGCCUUGCUGUGAGAGAUAACUUGGACUUUUCCGUUUAUUAAUCAAACUCCGUAUACUCCACAUAUUCAGAAAAUGCGUGAGUGUCUGUCCAUCCACGUCGGUCAGGCUGGUGUCCAGAUUGGCAAUGCCUGCUGGGAGCUUUACUGCCUGGAACAUGGGAUCCAGCCGGACGGCAGGAAGCCCGGUGACCAGUCAAUUGGAGGAGGAGACGAUUCCUUCAACACCUUCUUCAUGGAGACUGGAUCGGGAAAGCACGUCCCCAGAGCAGUUUUUGUUGACCUGGAGCCCACUGUCAUCGAUGAGGUGCGCACUGGGACCUACCGCCAGCUGUUCCACCCUGAGCAGCUGAUCACUGGCAAGGAGGAUGCUGCCAACAACUACGCCCGUGGACACUACACCGUCGGCAAGGAGGUCAUCGACCUGGUGAUGGACAGGAUCCGCAAACUGUCGGACCAGUGCACUGGUCUUCAGGGUUUCCUGGUUUUCCACAGCUUCGGAGGGGGCACCGGCUCUGGUUUCACCUCCCUGCUGAUGGAGCGUCUGUCUGUCGACUACGGAAAGAAGUCAAAGCUGGAGUUCUCCGUUUACCCAGCUCCCCAGGUGUCCACCGCUGUGGUGGAGCCCUACAACGCCAUCCUCACCACCCACACCACCCUGGAGCACUCUGACUGUGCCUUCAUGGUUGAUAACGAGGCCAUUUAUGAGAUCUGUCGUAGAAACCUUGAUAUCGAGCGUCCCUCUUACACCAACCUCAACAGGUUAAUGAGUCAGAUUGUGUCCUCCAUCACUGCAUCCCUUCGUUUUGAUGGUGCCCUCAAUGUUGAUCUGACAGAGUUCCAGACCAACUUGGUGCCCUACCCCCGUAUCCACUUCCCUCUGGCCACCUAUGCCCCUGUUAUCUCUGCAGAGAAAGCUUACCAUGAGCAGUUAACGGUGUCAGAAAUCACCAAUUCCUGCUUUGAGCCAGCCAAUCAGUUUGUUAAAUGUGACCCACGCCACGGUAAAUACAUGGCCUGCUGCCUUUUGUACCGUGGUGAUGUGGUUCCCAAAGAUGUGAAUGCUGCCAUUGCAACCAUCAAAACCAAGCGCUCCAUCCAGUUUGUGGACUGGUGCCCCACUGGUUUCAAGGUGGGCAUCAACUACCAGCCGCCCACUGUAGUUCCUGGUGGAGACCUGGCCAAGGUGCAGAGGGCUGUGUGCAUGCUGAGCAACACCACUGCUAUUGCAGAGGCCUGGGCUCGGCUGGACCACAAGUUUGAUCUGAUGUAUGCUAAGCGUGCCUUUGUGCACUGGUAUGUGGGGGAGGGUAUGGAGGAGGGGGAGUUUUCUGAGGCCAGAGAAGACAUGGCUGCUCUGGAGAAAGAUUACGAGGAGGUUGGAGCUGAUAGUCUGGGAGGUGAGGAUGAGGAAGGAGAGGAGUAUUAGAAAGGCAAACAUUCCCCUUUAUUGAUCUCUGUGCCUUUUGUGUCAAAUAAAAUCUGUUUGUGAACUGAACUUAUCAUUUGCACUCUUCAAUAAAUUCACUGAUGUUGAAAAUGAACUGCCUAGAUGGGUUGUAUGUAUUCACUUCAUUUCAAUCAAAAAUGUUUUGACUCAAUUUAGUCACUUGGGGCCAGUGGUGUUAACAUGUUCUCAACAGACCAGGCAUUGGCAAUCUACUCAAAUGUACUGCUGGAUUCAUCACUAAAUCAUUUCACAACAUCAGAUGAUUUAAGAACAUCAUUUGCAUAUCUUACAUUCACUUAAAAUGGGAAUUAUGCUUUACGUGAGAAGAACUCACAAGUCCUAACAUAAAACCCCUGGUUUAAAAUAAGGUGUGAUCUUCACUGGGGUGGGGGCUCUCAUGCUGGCAAACAGGUGGUGUUCCCAGAUGGAAAAUGAAUUAAACUGAAAGCCGUAUUAAGAAACAUGUAAAGCCAACAUUCAAAAAGACUACAUAGUUUAGUAAAAAAGUGUUUUAAAAGUUUUAAAUGUUCAGUUAUUUUUCACCAUGUUGGGUUACGAAUAAAAGGAUUUCUUGAAA